GUCCGAAAAUUACGGUACUACGUUUACGUCACCACUUGAACUUCUCACUGAGUUGGUAUUUGAAUGUUAGCUUAACUUCAAGUUCAAAACAUACUUUAUUCGUUUUUUGGAACACUCUGUGGAUACUAAUAAGAAUGUCAAAAAGAAAGCAGCCAAACCUCAGUCAAUUUGGAUUUACAAAACAAACGAAGAGGAGUGAUGACAGUGCACCAGCUACAACUAGCUUGCCGGUGUUACCGCCGCUGCCGCCGCUAAAAGUUGCUGCUAGUGACAGCACCAGCACCGAGGAUAGCGAGACUUUGGCGCCAGAAACCACCGCUGCGACCUGCAGCGGACCAGGCGAUCAUGCAACACCUUUCAACUGGACGGAAAGCAAAGACAGAAGACCCCAGGCCUCUGUGGUCACUUCUGAUUUAAGCCACCUGCACUCACAAAACCCCUCUAAAAGGACGUGGUUCGACUCUGCUGGCCUCAGUUUAGCUGUAGAAGUGGCGCUGAUCUUCAGAGACGUCCAGUGGAAUCAUGAAGCCCCAUCAGAUCUCUGCCAUCUUCCUCCUGAUGACAGUGCUGCUGUCCUCCACUCUGGCUCAAAAUGCCAAUGGACCAGAAAACUGUUGUUUUACAUACUUUACUGGAAGACUGAGGAAGGACCUGAUAGAUAGAUAUGCGGAGACCAGAGGGGACUGCAGUAAACCUGGAAUUAUACUUUACACCAAAAAGGGCAAAGAAGUGUGUGUCGAUCCUAGUGAUCAGUGGGUUCAGGGGGUGAAGAAAAGGCUGGACCAGGGCUUCUUUCAGUAAUGCCUCUUUCCUGCUUGGCAAAAUAUGAAGAACAAUUUUAUUAAAUCACAUUUCAGCCACUUUUUUAUUCUCUUGUGACAUAAUUUCCUGCCAUCUUUCAAUCAAAAUUUUGCUGCAUUUUAUACUUUUAAUACUGUUAAUUUUUUAUACUGUUAAUUUUUCCGUAACUUUAUUUCUUGACAUCUUCCAAAUCAUAUACACUUGAACUGCAUUUCAUAGUUUAAUGUCUAAAGUUUUAUUUCGUCAGUGGAUAUAUUUGAAUUCCACAAAUGUAUGCAUGUUACUAAAUAAAGACAAUUGAAAGGUUA